AUGGCGGCAAGCGGUUUUCCAAGUAGCGCAUUACUUCCUCAGCGGCCAAUCUCACUAGACCAGUACGACUUGUACAAUACGCUCGAUGCACCAAUCCAUGGGUUGAUCCGGAAGGUCGUCGUCCGCGGGGAAAAUCUGACAGCCUUAUUACCGGCCCGACAUCGACACGCCGCCAUCAUGUCCUACACCAUCUACGACGCAUCCAUCGUUGCUGCCAAGCACCUUCUCACCGCCCUCCAAGGUAUCAUCACCAAGGCCGAGGCACACCCAGAGGCCGCCUCAUUCCCCGAUCGCCGCCUCGCCCCGGACAUGCUGCCGCUCUCCUUCCAGAUCUGGUCCGUCUGCGCCGUCGCCGAGGCGCAGGCCCUGACGCUGCAGCAAAAAGAGGCGGCAAGAAAGGAGUACGAGGAGGAUCCCCUGCCUACCUAUGCCACGAUGCGUGCGCGGAUUGAGCAGGUGCUGGCCUUUCUGGACACAGUCGAUCGCGACGCAGCCGUCGAGGCCGCGACAAAGACUACGAUCAUUGACUUCAAACGAGCGGUGGGAAAGAAGGAACUCACUGGCGCGGCUUUUUGCGCGGGUGCGGGGAUCCCGAACAUGUACUUUCACGCGAUAAUUGCGUUUGCAAUUCUCCGGAAUGCGGGUGUAGAACUGGGCAAGCUUGACUACCUUGGACCAUUUUUCAUGGCCAAUAUUGGCAUGUAG